CUCAUUCAUACACCUAAGGGCAAUUUAGAGAGACCAAUUAACCUAACAGGCAUGUCUUUUGACUGUGGGAGGAAGCCGGAGUACCCGGUGAGAACCCACUGUAAAACUGUAAAAGUGUAAAAAAAGCAACUGUCAUUUGUGAUUCUGUUAUCUAGGUCAAGGAUCGGUGACUGCUGCGCAGCUCCAUUGGUUGUUUACAGUGAAACCCAAAAUUAUCCAAACACCUGCAGAUUUAGAUAUAAAACUAUUAUCAUUCAAUUAUGAAGAUGCAGUUGAGAUGGGCAUUUCUGAAAAGACAAAUCGAUGUAAAACGAGAACAAAUCCUAAAAAGAAUAUAUUUACAUUUAAUGAAAAAUAGCAUGUUAAGAAUUAUUUAUACCCCUCUUAAUAUUCAAUAAAUUGUAUUGAUAUCACAGCUAUCAACCCCAUCUUAUAAUGAUUGGGACCUUCAUUGAUGCUGCGUCCUUCAUCCCUCUAGAGGCUCAGUUUACAAACACCAGUUGCCGCCAAGGCCACUAAAACAUUUGGUGAAAAAACUGCAGACUGAAAAGGAAAUCCUGCAGAAAGCUGAUACAGUAGGAUUUUCAGGUCACUUUUUAAAAUUGUUGUAAAUUGAUGUUUUGAUUCUUAUUUUGAAGACAGUCUAAUAGUAAUUCUGAACUACUGAUUUUGCAUCACAUACCCAUCCCUUGUAUUUUUCUUUUUUUUCUGAGUUCUUGCACCAUUGCCCUCUCCAGUAGUUGGGGCUCUAUAUAACCUAUGCGAAGAGCUGGCACCUAACAGACACAUAAAUAAAAUAUAUACAAAUGUGUUGUGUCAUUAACUUGAAGGAUUACUUGGAUUUGAGUGAAUAAAAAAUGUGAAUAAAGACUGGAUUUGUUAUAUCGUGCUACUUACCAGUAGGCCUCACUCUGAAGAUGUUAGGCGUGUUUUAAGCCAACACAUUAAGUCACACCCCAGAACAUUUACAAAGCUGUGAGAUGAUAUGCUUAAGCAUCCAAAUGUCGAAUAACUUCAAAACCUCCAAAUGCUCCUCCAAAUGGUUUUUAAAUUAGAAUAUGUUACUUUAGAACAGAUCAGAGACAACAUUACUGUAUCCGUGAUUAUUAUGACCGAUGUCCCUGACCAAAGGGACUGAUUAUUAUGUAUACUUUAAAGUACUGCUGGAUUUCAAAACACCUUCAGUCCAGUUAAUCUACAGCAUACCCUUGAUAUUUUGAUAUAAUCCAGAAUGUUGGAGAGCAUGAAAAUUGUAUAAUUGUGUCUUUUCACCCAUCAUUUUACGUGGACUUGGCACCAAAUGUAAAAUGACACACAAACAAGAACUAGUUAUGGUAUGUCAGUGUCAACUGACAAUUUGUGGUUAAACUGCUCUUAGUUGGUAGCAACAAUUACUUUGACAAAAUAUAUAUUAGGAAAUAGAAAUGUCAUUACUGAUACAUGUCCAGAUCUUUCUUUCCAUUCACAUUUGCCAGUUAUACUUCCGUCCACAAGGUGGCGAUGAGCCAAGACUUUUCUUUUCAGCCUAUAUCAAAUCAGGAAGGAGAUCUGGGCUUGUUAGCAUUAUUAGCUUUGUUGUGUUUUCUCAGCUGAAUGUUGUCUCUGCAGCAACAAUGUCUUCAGCUCAGUCUCUGAGAGAGUUUAUCAGGGAGCGACUGACCGCAGCUGCUGAAGAAAUCUUCACAGAGGUUGAUAAAACCAUCGACCAUUACGAGGAAGAGCUGGAUCGUCUCAGACUGCUGGAAACUAAAUUGAAACCUCCAAUAAACCUACAGAGAAUAGACCUGCCUAAGCAUUAUUUCUGGAGGGAGAGGGAUUCUCUUUCUGAGCAGCAAUUCCACAACUAUGAGAGGAACUCGAGUUUGCACCAAAAGGAGCUACAACCUCAGCAGAUGCAAGAGACUCAGGGAGAGGUGGAACCACUGCAGAUGAAAGAGGAACAGGAGAAACAUGAACCACUACAAAUAAAAUACAAACAGGAAGAACUAGAACCUCAGCAGAUGCAAGAGAACCAGGAUGAACUAGAAGUCAUCUGUGUUAAAGAGGAGCUACAAGAAUCAGAACUACCACAUAUAAAAGAUGAACAGGAGGAAUUUUGUAUCAAUCUGGAGAAAAAGGAGUUUGAACCUAAGCAGGACACUGAAAUGUUUAUAGUGAACCUUGCUUACAAGAACAAGAAAAACAGGGAGCAAGAACUAAGCAGGGACCAGAUCUCUUCUGAACCGCAGAACCAAAACCAGGAAAGGAGCAUUCAUGAAAAAUCAGGAACAAGUAGAGGGGAAGAACUGAGACAAAAUAAAAAGUGUCAGACAAUCAGAGGUCACAAUGAGAAUGUAGACAGUCCAGAGGUAAAAAGACAGAAGAAAACUCACAUGAAUGAUAAACUGUCUUGCAAAAUUUGUGGUAAAUUUUUUGCUCGGAAUUAUUUAAAUCAGCACAUAAGAACUCACACAGGUGAGAGGCCUUUCUCAUGUUUGACUUGUGGAAAAAGUUUCAGUGAAAGAGGAAAUUUAUCUAAGCACAUAAGAACCCAUACAGGUGAGAAGUCUUUCUCAUGUUUGAUUUGUGGAAAAAGUUUUACUCAGCAAAUUCACUUGACCUGUCACAUGAGAACUCACACAGGUGAGAAGCCUUUCUCAUGUUUGAUUUGUGGAAAAAGUUUCUCUCUAAGUAGCAGUUUGUCUGGUCACAUGAGAACUCAUACAGGUGAGAAGCCGUUCUCAUGUCUUACGUGUGGACUAAGUUUUAGCAAAAGAGGAAGUUUAUUUCACCACAAUAGGAUUCAUACAGGUGAAAAGCCUUUCUCGUGUACGACCUGUGGAAAAAACUUUAGUCAAAGAAGUAAUUUAACUGUUCACAUGAAAAUUCACACUAGUGAGGAGUUGAAUCUGUGUGAAAUUUGUGGCUCAAGUUUUUCUCAACGUGGAGACCUGACUGAUCACAUGAAAACUCACAGAGGUGAGCAGGUGUAAACUUGUAAAUCUUGUAAGAUUCUUAAACACUAUUGUACUUCCCAGGGGAGAAGUUGGGCUCUGUCGAUCAUGCUUAAAAUGUCAACCUAAAUCACCAGUGAAAACAUAACAUUUAAAAACGAUCAGUGACAGUUAAAAAUCACUAAAUAAUCACAGGUUGCACAUAGUUGAGCAUUUCCAGCUACAUGUUUUAAAAGGCUUUUCACGAAAGCAUCAAUAACUUAAUAUGUUUUCUUAUUUUUUAUUCGGCAUCUUAACUUCAUAGUAAACUAAUCAAACCACCUUCUGAGCCUAAUUCACUGAGGCUGACUUUUGGCUGAUGUAAGCGCCUGUUGUGUAGUGAGCUUAAAAUAUUUUAUGGUUAAUAAAGGCAAAUAGUAGUUCAUGCAUGGUUGUUUUUAAAAUGUUUAUUUAAAAGGCCUGCCCAAGGUUUACAGGUUGGAUCCGAUGUUUUUGUGUUGUUUAGGUCUGGUCAAUAUUUUCAGUUACUUGCUAGGAAGCGCAUGUUUUAUUUCUCAGUCUGUGUUGACGAUCGGAAGAUAUGUGCUGUGGAGUGUUCAGAUGAAAAACACAUUGUACUGGCAGGUGUGUCUACAAAUCACUUUGACUUAAUGUAGCCAAUUAGGUGUACAAAUUAGUAUUUUAUGUUGUUCACAUGGAAAAGAUGAUUGCUGUGAGAGAGCUUUCGAGAUUGUUAACCACGUGGUAUUAGAAGCAACUGUUGCCGAUUUGUAGAAGUCAAACUACUGAAUUAAAAUAGAAUAUUUUGCUGUUCAUAAAGUCCUCAUGGCAUGACAUGGUGACAUCAAUGUACAAAUGAAUGCAUUUCUAUUGUUUUGUAGUUUUGUAAAACUAAAAUCAAAACUAUACUAAAAUUUCAGAAGUAAAAAUGCUUGAAUUAAAAAAACACGUUUUUAUCAGCAGCUCAGCUGUUUACCAGGACAGAUGCUGACAUCUAGUUGAAAGAAAUAAAAUAACAUGUGUUCUGUCCUGAGUUAUGUAUCUGUAGGCAAAUUUUGAUGUUCAAAAUGUUCAUUUUAAUUUAUUCGUUUAUAUAAAUGUUUGCUGGUGCUGAUUCAGUGUUGGAGAGAGGUUUCUUUCAUGGAAAUAAAAAGCUGUGUUUUUUAGAAAUCAAA